CUUAGCACCACGGUUCCCAAAGUGGGUGUCAUGGUGUCCCAGGACGCCCCACAGAGGAAUCGCCGAGGGAAACCUGCAGCCAAAGUCAGCUGUAAGAACAUUAAGCAAAGCUGCCCAAAACUUCCUUGUGCCGAUGCUAUUCUGCUUCCAGGACACUGUUGCAAAUCCUGCCCAAAGGCCCCCACCAGCAUCCCGGAGAAAAGAUCUGAGCAGCUGUUUGACAACAUGGAAUACUUCCAGGACAAAGAAGAUGACUUACAUAGGAACUACAAUGACCGUGCCUACUUCAGCUCCGAGGACCUGAUCCGAGAUGACAGCCAGAUAGAUUUUGUGGCAUUGCUGAUUGGAGGCUCAGAGCCAAGGCUGGCGACCACCAGUGCGGUGGCAAAGGCCAGAUUCACUUUCACCCACUUGCAUCUGAUCUUCUCCAUUAGCUAUGAGAGGCUGAGCCAACCAAUCCGAGUCCGUUUCUUGGAGCCAGAUGGAACCAUCCUUUUUGAACAUCCUGUACAACAGGGUACCAUCUUCCAAGAUGGCAUGAUCUGUGGCAUGUGGCGGAAUUUGCAGAAGUCCUCCAUCCGGCUGCUGAAGGUGGAUCAGAUGCACAUAACGCUGAUCACCGAGACUCACCCUGCAGGGGAGAUUCAAGGCCAGAUUGUCAAGCAUCGGGCCCUCUUUGCAGAGACUUUCAGUGCCAUCCUGACGUCAGUGGACCCAACUCACCUGAACACGGGAGGCAUCGCUAUGCUCACCCUGAGCGAUACAGAGAACAAUCUGCAUUUUGUCCUGGUUACUAAGGGGUUUUUGGAGUCAGCAGACAAAAAAUCUGACCGGAUCCCUCUGAAGGUGCAAAUCCUACACCAGGACAACAUCCUGAGGGAGGUUCUGGCUAAUGUCACCUUACAGGAUCCUGAUUUUGCAGAGGUGCUGACAGAAUUGGGAAGUCAGGAGAUGCAAUGGCUGGCACAAGGACAGCUGAGCAUGACUGCGGAGGUGGAAGGUGGCGUCCCACGCAGGCUGGUUGGGCGCAUCACAGUCCGGAGAAGCUGUGACACCAUACAGAGUGUGCUUUGUGGAGGAAAUGCCCUGACGCCCACUCGUACAGGGGCAGUGGGCUCUGCCAAGAUUGUGUUACAUGAAAAUGGGACGUGGGAAUAUCAGAUCCAGGUGGCCGGGACAGGAAGCGAGGUGGUUGGGGUCACGCUGGAGACCAAACCCCGCCGAAGAAAUAAGCGCAGCAUUUUAUAUGAUAUGACCCACAGCUAUAGGGAUGGAAUGGCCAAUGGGUCCUGGACGGAAGCCAACGGGCGCGAUGCCCACAUGUUGCUGCAGAACGAACUCUUCUUAAAUAUAGCUACCCAGGACUUUGAGGACGGAGAGUUACGUGGGCAGAUAACCUCCAUACUCUACAGCGGACUCUUGGCCCGUUACCAAGAACUUCCCAUCCCUCUGGCUGGCCAAUUUGUGUCCCCUCCAGUGCACACAGGCUCUGCUGGGCACGCCUGGGUGUCCUUGGACGAUCACUGCCAUCUGCACUAUGAAAUUGUGGUGGCCGGCCUGGGCAGAGCAGACGAUGGCACCGUUAGCGCUCACUUGCAUGGUUUUGCUGAACUGGGUGAGAUUCAUGAGAGCAGUCUUCCAGAGCCCAGGCGACUGUUGAGAAGUUUCUAUGGCACGGAGGCCCAAGGAGUGGUGAAGGACCUGGAUGCAGAGCUCCUUCACCACCUAGCUCAAGGCACAGCCUUCUUGCAAGUGAGCACCAAGGGGAACCCCCAAGGAGAGAUGCGGGGCAAGGUUCACAUUCCAAAUCAAUGCAAGGCGGGUGGCAUCCAGCUGGCUUCCGUGGAUCUAGAGGACGAACUUGUUGGGGAAUCAAGCCCCAAGGACCCCAAGGAGUUGAAGAAAGACCCCAACUCCUGCUUUUUUGAAGGUCAACAUCGACCUCAUGGCUCCCGCUGGGCCCCUGACUAUGACAAGAAGUGCUCUGUAUGCAGCUGUCAGAAGCGCACGGUGAUCUGUGAUCCGGUCUUGUGCCAGCCCCUCAACUGUUCCCACCCGGUGCACCAAAGCAAUCAGUGCUGCCCUGUGUGUGAAGAAGGAAACGAAGAACAGAAAAGAGCAGAGAAAAUCCGAGACAGCAGUGAAGGGUGCUAUUUUGAUGGCGACAAGACAUGGAGACGAGCGGGCACACGCUGGCACCCUGUAGUCCCACCCUUUGGGCUCAUCAAAUGCGCCAUUUGCACCUGCAAGGGAGCCACGGGGGAAGUUCACUGCGAGAAGGUCCAGUGUCCCCCCCUGGCCUGCAGCAACCCCAUCCGGGUCAACCCAUCUGACUGCUGCAAGCAAUGCCCAGCCUCAGAGAAGAGUUCCUCCUUGCUUUCUGACAUGAUGCAGGCCGACAGCCCCCGAGCCUGCAAGUUUGGGCGGCAAUGGUACAUGCACAACGAGAGUUGGCACCCCACGGUGCCCCCCUUUGGGGAAAUGAAGUGCAUCACCUGUUGGUGCUUGUCUGGGGAAACACAUUGUCAGCGCCAAGAAUGUUCUCCAACCUCUUGUACCAGGGAAGGGAAAAAGGGAGACAGCUGUUGUUCCCAGUGCCAAGCACCAGAGACCCUUCUAGAAGACACUCAAGGGACCCUUGAAGAGGAGACCAAGCGCUCCUGGGAACAUUAACUGGCCAGCUGGAGCCCGGAAGCGUGGGUGCCUAAAAAUAUUGCAGAGUUGCUGAAGACAGCCAGCUUGGAGUGGAAUCUUUCUGGGGCCUCUUUAAAGCUGUCCAGGUUGUGAUGGUGUUCUCAAAGCAACAGGAGGGCCUUCAGAUCUUCUUGCAGAAGAAGCAUCCAUCAAUUCUCCUGAGCACCUCCUCUUCUCCUCUACGUGUGGGCAGCCACAUGGCUUACUUAGAUCUUUUGCACCUGCUUCUAUGAGAAGAAAUGGCAUUUAUGGGUUCCUUUGGGAACUGGGAGUUGAUACCAAAUUCCUGGGAUGCGCCUGAAACCCAUUGGAGUUUCAGUCAGAGCAGUAAAGCCCAUUCUGGGGUGGAGUCUUGGUCCUGCCCAACUCAUGGGGGCCCCUUCCAUAUUCCCAUGAGCUCAACAUAUUGGUGCCCUCAUCUUAAUUUCGCACAUUUUGGAUGUGUAACCUCUUCAAGAGAAACCAUGUCGCUUAAAUAGUACCUAACACUAUCCAAAAGAAGGGAAAGAACUCUUCCCCAAACUAAUGUAUGUAAUGUAAAAUUGUCCUCCUUCACUGCAUCUCAAGACCAGGAGCGGAGUAUUGGGGGGAGGAGGGCUUUCUCUUUGUUUCACUUUGCUGUAUAAUUUAUAUUGUCCAUGGCCAAGGUCUUCUUUCCUGUUCAAUUCAAAACUGAAAGAUUGAUACUGAAGAUUAAGUAUUUAUUUUAAAAAAAAAUCAAUGGAGUAAAUGUGUGUUAGG